ACCAACUCUUCCCCGGCCCUCAGUUAUUUUCAGUCUGGGAUUUGUGGUUUGUCUGGCUGCAGGAAGGGUUGCAACACUGUCUGCUUUUGUCAUUUGUUUUUGUUGGAGGUGGGCAGGAGUAGGAGGACCCCACUGCACCCCCAGCACCUCGCAGAGCCCCAUCCUGUUGUAUGCAGGGCUGCAAAGCAUGGUAUCCCCAGUCCCUGCAGCACCCCCAGGGAUGGCUUUCACAGGGAGAUCCCAAACCCCUUUCCCUCGCUGCAUGCCCUAUAAACCAUCUACAAUGCCACAGCAGGGUGGUGCUCCAGCAGGACAUUGCUCCAGCAGCCCCUGGCCUCAAUCCCCACCUCAGGGCCCCUCUCCUGCAGCCCCAGUUGGCUUCUUCAGCCCCACAGGUGCAAGUGUACCCUGUGCAUGUGCAUCCUCAGUUCCUUGGCUACACACACACAUAACCCCAAGGGUGCAUGCAUCCUUGUUCACCUGGGUGCACACAUCCUUAGCCCCUUGGGUGCAUGCAUCCUGGUUCCUUUGAGUAUAUGCAUCCUUGUUCCCGUGGGUGCAUGAAUCUCAGGAUUAUUAUCAAGAAGAAAAAUCGUUACCUGGCCCUAAAGCGAGUGGGGAGUCAGCAGUUUGGAUUUGGCAAAGCGUAAAUCAGUGUUGAUGUAUUUCUGGGCUGUUGGCAGUGUUUAGGUGCUGGCUGGCACACACACAACAGCAGCACUGGGUUAAUGAGUGUUUGCUGCAAAGUGCAAAGGUCUCUCUGGGCCCUACACGUUUUGCUCAGCUCAGAUCUCAGCACCAACGUGCUGCUUUGCACACCGGAUUGUGGGGCAGCUCCCUCUGCUUUUAAUGGGGUCUGUCCCCAACCCUUCAAGGCUGCAGGACCAUACAGUGAGGACAUGGUGGGCUCCUCCCCCUCCCCCCCCCCCACAGGCCCUAUUGGGCUAUGGGAAUGGAAGCAAUUAACAGAGCAAAGGGAAAAAAGCCCUUGGAGACUGAGAAGCAAAAGUAAAGGAUAAAAGCUGCCCGUAAUUAAAUUCUGUCUUUUAUUUUUUAAUGGAGAAGAAAGGAAAGGAAUCGUUUUCUGGCUGGAAGGAGCAGUGCUCAGAUCAUUCUUGACUCUCGGAUACUCAGCUGCAGCAAAGCACUGCUGCCCCAUAUGUCCCCAUUUGUUAUAGGGGCAUUGGUGGCUCUCCUGGUCCCCUCACCUUUACCCAGCCCCGGGGAGGCAGCAAUAUGGGCAGACUGUGCAGGCACGGGGCAGAGCCUGGGCUGGGAUCCCUGCAGUUUGGAAGGGCAUUGCAACUGGGGAAUGCAUUGCAAUUGGGGAAUGCGUUGCAAUGGAGAACAUAUUGCAGUUAGGGAAUGCAUUGCGAUGUGACAGCGAGGAGAAUGGCUGCAAAGGUGCGAUAUUCCUACAGGUUUCACAAACAUAAUGUUUUUAGAGGGAGGCCCAGAGCAGGACCCUGGUUCUGUCACAACCAGAGGACUGCAGCAACCUCAGCUCAGCCCUGCCUGGCACCGAAUAACUGUGCUCAAGCAAUGGUGUUCUCCCCUGGGUGCAGCCAAGAGCCUGCAGGCACCCAGCUGGCGAGUGGAGAUGGAGGAGGGGGGAGGCUGCUGCACCUCUGCUGUUAAUUAGUAAUUUCUGGGCUAUGUUUGGAGCUCUGCUGACCUUUGAGCACCCGCAGCUGUGAGCAGGGCGGGCGAGGAGGUGGUUGACCCCAAUCAGCCCCAUAGCUGGCUAAUUACUCAUUAAAUCGCUGUGGUGCAGUUAGGGAAACCUCAGCAGGGGUUCGAGGUGGCCAGCGGGCCAAGGAAAUUUGGAGGUGGAUGGGAGGAGAUGUGGAGAGCUCUGAGGGAGAUGCUGGAGAGAGAAAGGUUCUUCAGGCUCAUGCUCUGCAAUUAAAAGCAAUUAGUAGUUGCACAGUUGCACUGUGUCCUGCUCCCAGUGGGGCAGCAGAGUGCACUGUGGGUGCCAGGUGAGUGUGCAGAAGUGUGAAGCAUCCCAAUGCCUGUGUGCACGACCAACCUGAACACCUUUGUAUGCAUGCAACCCACAAGCCGGCAGGGCUGUUCCCUUCAGUCCUGUAGGAUGGGGACAUCCAUUCGACAGGAGGAUCUCCUCCCCACAGCCCCAGCGUUUGCAGCAUCCCCCCCUAGCCUGGGGCAAAGGGCACAGCCCCUCUGCUCCUCCUGCAGAGGGCUGUUACUCAUUAUCCCCCCUGGGCCUGGGGAGGGGCUGCUUGCUGAGCCAGGCAGCAGCAACCCCGCAUCACUCCACAACAUCCCCCCACGUCACCCUGCAUCGAUCUGCCUUGUCCUGCAUCAAACCCCACAGCACCCCACGUUUUCCAUCCAGCAGCAUGGUUCACGGCCAAGGAGGAGUCAAGUUCCAGAAUUGGGCCAAGACUUAUGGCUCUUCCCCAGAGCUGUAUUUCCAGCCCACCUCAGUGGAGGAGAUCCGGGAGAUCCUGGAUAUGGCCCGGCAGAGGAACAAGAGGGUGAAGGUGGUGGGGGGUGGCCACUCGCCCUCUGACAUCGCCUGCACUGAUGACUUCAUGAUCCAGAUGGGGAAGAUGAACAAGGUCCUCAAGGUGGACAAGGAGAAGCAGCAGGUGACGGUGGAAGGUGGGAUCUUCCUCUCAGAUCUGAACGUGGAGCUGAGCAAGCACGGGCUGGCACUGGCCAACUUAGGAGCCGUUUCUGAGGUGGCAGCAGCUGGUGUGAUUGGGACAGGGACGCACAACACUGGGAUCAAACAUGGCAUCCUCCCCACCCAGAUUGUGGGGCUCUCGCUGCUGACGGCUUCAGGGGACAUCCUGGAGUGCUCUGAGUCCAUCAAUGCAGACAUCUUCCAGGCUGCCCGCCUGCACCUUGGCUGCCUGGGUGUUGUGCUCACCGUUACCUUCCAGUGCGUGCCCCAGUUCCACCUGCACGAAGUGACCUUUCCAUCCACCCUCACUGAGGUCCUCAAUCACCUUGAUGACCACCUGAAGAGAUCCCAAUACUUUCGGUUCCUGUGGUUCCCACACAGUGAGAAUGUCACCAUCAUCUACCAGGACCCCACCAACAAGCCCCCCUCUUCCUCUGCUAACUGGUUUUGGGAUUAUGCUGUUGGGUACUACUUGCUGGAGUUUCUCCUCUGGAUCAGCACCUUUGUGCCCAGCUUGGUGCGCUGGAUCAACCGCUUUUUCUUCUGGCUCCUCUUCAGCUCCCGGGUGGAGAACAUCAACGUCAGCUACAAGAUCUUCAACUACGAGUGCCGCUUCAAGCAGCAUGUGCAAGACUGGGCCAUCCCCAUUGAGAAGACAAAGGAAGCGCUGCUGGAGCUGAAGGCUGCCCUGGAGAACAACCCCAAGAUGGUGGCCCACUACCCUGUGGAGGUGCGCUUUGCUCGAGCGGAUGAGAUCUGGCUGAGCCCCUGCUUCCAGCGGGACAGCUGCUACAUGAACAUCAUCAUGUACAGGCCCUAUGGGAAGAAUGUGCCCCGGCUCAACUACUGGCUGACCUAUGAGGGCAUCAUGAAGAAGUAUGGUGGGAGACCACACUGGGCGAAGGCCCACAGCUGUACCCGCAAGGAUUUUGAGAAGAUGUACCCGGCCUUCCCCAAAUUCUGCUCCGUCCGGGAUAAGCUGGACCCUACAGGGAUGUUCUUGAACACCUACCUGGAAAAGGUGUUUUACUGACAGCACGGGAAUGGAACAAUGCAGGAGAUGGAAGAGAAAUCAGCUGUCAUCCCUGGUUCUCAGGACACCCCAAAGCUUGUAGUCCUUGGUGACCCCAAAAUGCUGUAUUCCCAGCUCUGUUCCCAGCUGUUGCAAUGGCAGGCAGCAUGGGCUGGCCCUGGGAAUGGGGCUGUGUGUUGGCAUUGCUCCUAGUGGGUCCCUGAGAUAUGCACAGUUCCAAGUGUCUCCUGUCCAAGCCAACAUCUGAAUAAAGAGCUUUCUAGCAGAGCCA